GGCUCCCGGCCGCCCCGCCACGUGCGGGGCCGUCCCGCCGCUGUCAUCCACCCCAGCCGGAGGCAGGGAGCCGCCCUGGCCAGCGGCCAGCCCUCUCCUCGCAGCUACCUCCCCCGGCCGGCCGCUCCGCAGAGCGGGAUCUUCCUGCCUCCGGUCCUACAAGUCACAGGGCAGAGUAACUCGCGGCAGAGCCGUCAGCAGCCCGCGGCAGCAUGUCCGGCACCAAAUACGUAGACUCGGAGGGCUUUCUGUACACGGCGCCCGUCCGGGAGCAGGGCAACAUCUACAAGCCCAACAACAAGAUGAUGGCAGAUGAGCUGAGCGAAAAGGCGGUGCACGACGUGCACACCAAAGAGAUCGACCUGGUCAACCGAGACCCCAAGCACCUCAACGACGACGUGGUUAAGAUCGAUUUUGAAGAUGUGAUUGCUGAGCCAGAGGGAACACACAGCUUUGAUGGGAUUUGGAAGGCCAGUUUUACCACCUUCACUGUAACGAAAUACUGGUUUUAUCGCUUACUGUCAGCAAUCUUUGGUAUUCCCAUGGCUCUCAUCUGGGGCAUCUACUUUGCCAUCUUGUCAUUCCUGCACAUCUGGGCGGUGGUGCCGUGCAUAAGGAGCUACCUGAUUGAGAUCCAGUGCAUUAGCCGUGUCUAUUCCAUCUGCAUCCACACGUUCUGCGACCCGCUCUUUGAGGCCAUAGGCAAAGUGUUCAGCAGCAUCCGAGCCACAGUACGGAAAGAGAUCUGAGGGACAYUUCAAAGAGAGCCAUCAGCCUAGGAAGGGGGUGGAGGUUUUUGUUGUUUGGAGUGUUUUGGUGCCAGUUUUGUGUUUCCCAAAGCAACAUACACCAACUGGUGGUGGAUAUACUGGCCCAAAACAAAGAAUCACUUGCUCCAUUUCUUUUUCUACUGUUCAUUCUUACUGGACUACUUGCCUUUUUUUUUUUUUUUUUUUUGCCUUUUUUUUCCCUUUGGUCUGCAUUUUAAACUAACCUUAAAGGGCUAUUCCAUGCCAGCUGCAUAUCGUUUUGCUGGCUGUUCAAUUCAGAGAUUGAAGUGUUGUUGGAUGCCUUUUUAUCUUACCCUUCAUUCCUUGUGAGAUAAAUCCACAGUGAUAAUGAAGAACGACAAAAAUGCUUUCCAACAGUAUAAAGCCAUUCAUUUUGUUGUGRCUAAAGAGCGCAGAGCUAUCGCAGCAGAAUGAACGUGACCAGCUGGCAGGUUUUAGCAGAAUGUUCUUUUUCAAUUGGAUUGUCAGUUGACUGCAGCUAUUUACAGUCAUGGUCAGAUAUUGUGCACUAUGAAUAAAUUAGUUAAGUAAACAUAUUACUGAACUAGYGUAUGUCCUGARAAUUUAACCUUUUGUCAGGCUGGAGACAGUGACGCGUAAAAGCUUUGGUCGGUGCCUUUCUGUCUCAUUCUCUAGUGGAAGUUUGCAUCAAGUAAUUUCUCAGCUUCUGGUAGGAUUGCUGGAGCAAACUGCAGGUGAGRGCUAAAACUGGUCAUUAUGGAAAUGUUUUCCUGAUUGUGACUUACGACACAUCCCCUAGCAAGCAUUUAGAUGCUUAUUUCACUGGCAUCUGGGGGAUUUUUGCAAACUAUUAAUAUAAAUGCAUAUCACAGGUAUGCCAGAGAUAAUCCUGAGCUAAAAGAAAAACAGAGGAGUGCAAACAAGCCACAGGAGGCCAGGGAGGAGCUGCCCCUGCGAGAAACCUUUAUACAGCUUUCAAAACUUCUCUAUCAGCAGAAGUCAUUCUGCCGCUAGCACACUGAUUGUUUUCAAAUGCUUUGCUGAGUCUAAAUUUAUCCAUCACAAGAGAUGCUUUAGAAUCUUCACAUUUGUGUGUUGCUUUGUUCAUUUUUAGCUGAGCUGCCACAUCAGGAAGUCUUAAACAGUGGGUGUUGUGUGAAACUACCGUGUUGCAAAGUGGAAGGCUUCAGUAGCAGAGCCUUUGCGACAUGUUCUGAUGCUGUGACCUGCAAGAGCUUUUUGCCCUCGUGAUAGUACUGUGUUCAGAGAUGCUCUCUGCAUCCUCAUUGGUUUGUGUGAAGCAUUUGUAAAAAUCGUAGUGAGGCUAAUCAGCUUUAUUGUAAACCAAGCUGGGGUCUGAGCCUGCUCCAGCUGCAAUCUCUAGCAAACCAGUUCUUGACCCGCAAGAGUGCAAAAUUUGGCCCUUGGGAUGAACAUGKAGCUGUCUGGUACACCUACAGCUUUUUUAUUUAGUGCUGAUAUUUCACAUAUUGCUUUACCUAACAUGGGAGUGCCUUCCAUUCUAUUUCUGCCAAAGCAUUGAAAACUUUAGGAAAUGCUGCAUUUUUUAAUGGGGGUGGGGGAGGGAAAAGGGAGAGGGUGCACAAAAAAUUUACRAAGCUAUUAACUACUAUUUGCAUUUAAAACAGACACUGGUAUGGAUAUAGUUUUAUGUUUUCCUGUGUACAUAAUGAAGAGUGUACUAUUAUAGAUUUUUUCAGUAUCAAAAACAACAAGGAUUGUAAACAAGAAAUAUUUUAUCUUUUUAUGAGGAAAAUCACUCUGAAGAAAAUCUUCUUGAUUUACCAUAUAAACUGUAUAUCCUGAAAGAUGUCUGUUCACUUAGAGUUCUUAGUCCCUAAUCCAAAUACAUUGCUGAUCCAAACAUUUACAUUAUUGUUAUAAGCUUACAGAUAUAACUGACACUUUUUWAAAAAAUUCUGCAUGUACAUUAAAGACUACAAUAAAAAGAUGCUUAAUGGUAGAUCCUGUCUGACUUCUUUUUCCUUGAAAGUCACAUGGACAAAAAUUAUUYAAAGCUUUCUUUGUCAGUCCAGUGGAAACAGGACUUUUCCUAAUAAAAGCUCAUUAGYCUAAGCAUUUAAUGUAUGGAAAUAGGGGAAUGACAGCUUUUAUUCAGCCAUGUAUAGACAUAGCGUGUGACAGGAMAGUUCAUUUCUAGGGGUUUGUUGCACAAUACCUACUACACUGUUAAAACAGUACACAAAAUCCCGACAAAACAUGCUAUUAUGAAUGGCCUACAAAUCUAUUCACUGWAUUUUAAUGUUCAAAUGGCAGAUACCAAAUAAAUGUAGUCCAUCAUAUGUUUUCCAGUAGCAGAAUGGUAUAUUUAUCUGCACUUAAUUGGCCACAGGUAGCAAAUAGUAUGUUGAAUUGGAUUAUGUGAGAAAAUGUAAAGUAUUUUUAAAGGGAGGUUUUAAUGUGAAAGAAAAGCAAAUACACCUUCAGUAUUUGAAAAUACCUUGCUUUUGCAAAGAGCCUGAUAUAUUCAGGCUUAACUGUUGAUGCUCUCGUGACUCCAGGUUUCUUCAUGGCAGAGAUGUGCAGAUUCAUACUAUGAUUGCUCUGUCCCUGGAGCUUCGCUGAGCUGCGGUGUCGGGGCUGUGCUGUGGCUGGAUCUCAAAUCCACACUCCUGCCAUAACACUUAGGACCAGCACCAUAGCCAAGAUACACCUCAUAGCAAGAUCCAGGUUUGUCAAGUAGACAUUAGACAUCAGUACUGGACACCAGGCAAUUUCCUGUCCUGGCUGUAAAUGUGCAGACAGCCUCGCUCUGACAGGUACAACUCAGUGUCGUAAACUGCCUCAGGACCUGUGCRUGGGUGUGGCUCAGUGUAAUUUUUCCUCUCACCAGAAAACUUUUGUGGCUCUCGUUGGUCACUCUUCUCGUCCUCUGAGUCACCAGUUCUUAGAUUUUGCUGUGUAGUUUGAACGGUUUUCCUUUGACUGCMCUGAGACAAGGUGUAGGGGAGCUGGACAUUUCAAACAAGGUGGAGUAGCCAAGCRUUGAGAGAGUGUGAACUGUCUGGCUCUGUAGUUUAUCCCACUGAGUUUGACUGAGAACUAAAUACAGAUUUUUUUUUUAAAUAUACUUUUUGAAAUUAUCUUGCAACAAAAUAUAAAGACAAAYCUUAGGCUUUUAAUAACGAUAUAGAAUUUCCAUAGCUGCACUCAAGUUACCUUUUAACCCUCUCUUAAGUCAAACUAGURCUGGUUUAUGUUCAUUUGAUUGCCUUGUGUGUCUGCUGCAACCUUUUAUUUCCUUGUGUCCUGAGGAG